CAGACUUCAAGCUUUCUUCCGCUCCCACCAUUUUUUCCCACCUCUCCAAUCUCUCCAAUUGCUUUUCAGUCUCACUGAACCGAUAAGCUCUUCGCAAAGACAUCCUCACCAUGCCACUAGCACGCUCAUCCGAUCCGCUGGUGUGGAUAGACUGCGAAAUGACAGGCCUAGAUUCCGAAAAGGACCAAAUCAUCGAAAUCUGCUGCUUCAUCACCGACGCUAACCUCCAACUGCUCGACCCCCACGGCUUCGAAACCGUCAUCCACGCCCCCAAAUCCGUCAUAGAUAACAUGUCGCAAUGGUGCAUCGACACCCACGGCCGCACGGGAUUAACUGCCACUGUCCUCGCCUCCACCGUCACCCCGGAGUCCGCUGCAUCCGAGCUAUUGGCUUACAUCCAGCGAUACGUGCCGCAGCCGCGCACGGCGCUAUUGGCAGGGAAUAGCGUGCAUGCGGAUAAGGCUUUCUUGUCGCGGGGUCCGUAUGCGAAGGUCCUGGAGUGGUUACACUAUCGCAUUUUGGAUGUGAGUACUAUUAAGGAGGCAGCGAGACGGUGGGGUGCGGAUGAGUUGUUGGCUGCUGUGCCUAGGAAGAAGGAAGUGCAUUUAGCCAAGGAUGAUAUCCUGGAGAGUAUUGAGGAGAUGCGGUUUUAUAGGGAGAGGCUGUUUGGGAGUGGGGGCCGAUAGGUAAUGUUAGUUUGGGUGGAGUCUUACAUGGGACGUGACUGCUGCUGCUGUAACUGCUGCGAGAUGUUUUGAAUGCCGAUAUGUUGGCGUCUAUUGGCGGACUACUUGAGGGGUAUGGUAGUUUCUUAAGGGAAGGCCGUUUUGUAUCCGCUCCCGUGUCGCUAUGGAGUGCUGUUUGGGGUACUUUUGGGUGGUUCCUCUGAAACUCCCGUUAUAGGGCUGGCUCUAGACGUCUUACUUUCGGCCCGGGUUUCUAUCCAGCCGAGACGCUGGU